AUGGUAACAGUACUGGCCACAGGGUACAAAGGAGUUAUCAUCUCCCUGUUAUACAACGUACCGCUGGGCGGAGAACUUCUCCAUCACGCGUCCUGGGUGGACAUUGAAAAAGGAGCCACUGGCAUUUGCCUCCUAAACUAUCCAGAAGAAGGAAUCGUUCGUUGGGUGGCCGGCUUGGUCUUCGAUUGCUCAGACAAAUCAGGAAAUCUCCGAGUGAGAGGUGGCACGCAUACCUUGAUCGUUUUCAGGCCUAGUUCUGACAAGGCUGCAAGCCUCAAGGACGAGCUGUUUCGCAUCGGCUUCGUUCAGACCGACACGAUCUUCUCAACCGUAAUCAUGGGACCUCAGAUAAGAUCGAAUUCUCCCUAUUUCAAAUCGAUAAAUAAACUCCUCGGCCAUGCUUUCGAAGGCGGUCUGUUUGAACGAGCGGAAGGAAUAGCGGAGUUUAAGAGUAGAAUUAGGCGUGAAUUCAAGUACGACCGGCCUUCGAAGACCGGAAACGUAGCACUGGAACUGAGUGACCUCCGGCCCUGCUUCGUCAUCUGGGUGGUCGGAGUCUUCCUCAGCUUGCGGGCUUUCGCGGUUAGUCACGUGAUCGCCCGCUUUCGUUCACCACACAUUCGCAUGACUCGGCAUACUGUUCGCCGGACCUGA